AUGGCUGCCUUUCGUUACGUUACGUCACUUCGAGGCUGUCCAGACCUCACUUACACCUACUCAUCCUCCUCUUCCAUCUCUCCAUCUUCAUCAUCAUCAUCAUCAACAUCACUAUCGAGACUGCACGGUGCAGUGUAUCACGAUGUUUGGAGAGAUGGUGAUGUGGUGAGGGUGGGGUGUGAGGAAGGGCGGUGGUUGUGGACGCUCAGGUGCUCACAUGAAACCAACACGUGGAUUGGUCAGCUGGGAAACUGCACUACUGUCGUUGCAGGUGAUGAUGAUGUUGGUGGUGGUGAGGGUGGGGGUGACUGUGAUUACAAUGAUGAUCAUGAUGGUGUUGGGAGUGAUGAUGCUGGUGAUGAUAACGUAAUCCAUUUGAAAUGUUUUCCUGACCUUGUUAACAACCCAACUCUUUCCACCGAUCGUUUUUAUCAAAAACCAACUUUCAUCAGUAAGCAAGCCAUUGUUUCACAAGCCGUUCAGUUCACCAAUAUGCAGCAACUGGAGCAUCGAUAUAUGACAGUAAUUUUGCCCUGUAAAUUCUGCAAUAAAGUUUGGACGCUGGCAGGGCGGUCGCUUUAUUUUCAAUGUCAUGCACACCAAAGGGAAGUUUUAGUGACAGACACUCACUGUGAAGAUGACUGCUUUCAUGUGGCAUCAGAUUGCAAAAAUAAUUUUGUGAAGCCAAUACUGAUAUCAGCAACAUUGUGCAAACGAAGUUUUCUCAUGACUACCAAGUUCCACUACAUCAAACUUUGCAAGUUGCUGUAG